AUGCCAUUGGUCCCUCAUACACUUCCUCCUACCCCACCUGUGUCAGAACAUCACCCGCCAGACGUUGACACCCCUUUGUCCUCUAUCGUGGAUAUAGGAGGUCCUGUUUGUCGUGAACAAAUGCCCUCUGGAGGGGCUACCUUCAAAGAUAUGCCAGAGGAAUUGUGCUGCCAUAUCCUCAGUUUCCUUUCAUAUAACGAAAUCAUACGAUGUGCUUCGACCUGCCUUACAAUGUACAACACGGUCAAUUGCUCUGCCGAGCUACAGUACAUAAUCGAACUCGGUUCUCAAGGUUUGAUUGAGGUACAUCCGCGACCGUCUACUGUCUCUUUUCCGGAAUGCUUGCGUAUCAUCAGAAACAAGGCAAACGCGUGGAACACAUUCAGGCUCAAUGCCUCGGAUUCGUCUCGUUUUACAACCUUGUACAAAUCCAACUCGAUUGUCCAUGGAAACAUUUUAUCUUUUAACCCAUCCAUCACUUUCGAUGCUGCGGGCGACGCUGUGGAUUUCAAGACCUACACAACGUGUUCUGCUCAAUACUGGAUGGGUGACGAUCGAUUUCCUCUCACAUACCGGUACAUGGACCAGCUCCAAGACCUGGAAGUCAUCAUUAGACUUUUGAUCGAUGCGGAUACAGAUAGCUUGAGGUUCCGAAUAUCGUUCUGUACGAUAUCCACGGGGGAAGAACAUCCCUUGUCCCAUGGAUCCCGGGUAGUGAAUGGUAGAGCCGCUGACGAUUGCUGGGCAAUCAAUGUUUCCGUUGCUGUCCUCGACAAUCGCAUCGCAGUUUAUGUUUCUAGGUCUAACAACAAACAUGUGUACUGGUCGCUGCACGUCUUAAAUUGGAAACUUGAACAAUGUGGUCAAGCUGACGACUUACGUGCGAUCGACGACGGCUAUGCGUUGUUGGACAUCCGUUUUCUUGCCAAGGAAAAGCUUAUAGCUCUCUCGAGGGAUGGUCAGAUACAUCUUUACGACAUUGAGGACCCAUCAAAGGCACCACGGCUUCAUGCAAAAUUUAUGAUGCCCGUCCAUGGCAAGCACGGCACCUUUGAUCACCCAUCGAUAUUUCAUAGCGCCACAAGUUGUGCGGGCCUCGCAGCACCAGAUGACCACUGGAUUUGGAUAACAAACCCUGCAGAUCGAGUCAUAUCGGUGACAUGGGCCUCUCCUUGGUCGGUUUUUAUCAUAUCCGCUCGGAUAUUUUUCAUGGAUAUUCCUCCGACGUGGUUCGAUGUGACAUCCGAAGACAGCCACUCAGUCCCAUGGUCAUCUUGGGGUCCACAAAACUCUCGUUUCUUCCCUGGAAAGGGGUUCAGCAGUGAAGGACUGGGCUUUUUUGGCAUUGGAGGAUCCCGUGUUAUAUGGGCGUAUCCCGUCGCAUACGGAAUCGAUUCAAUGUUCCAUUUACACAUGACCGACUUCAAUCCCUCCGUCGUGGCAUGUAACAUUGACAAUGUAUCCAGCAAACCUACAACGUCACCGCUACGUUACUGGUCGGACGUGCAGGUGACGACAUACCUCCCUUAUGUGGAGGCGAUCCGCGACCAUGUUUGCCGGGCCCGUGGCUCCCUUUUGAAUAUCGUACUGGACGAGGAGAAGAUAGCGAUCAUUACCAAACCGCCAAUCAAGUCUGAGUGGAGAAUGCAAGUCGACAUUUUUGAACCAUAG